GUUUGAUUGGCCUUUUCAACCGCCAGAGAUUAUGUAUCGAUCCAUUAUCCAAUAAAUUUUUUUUUUGGAUGAAAAUCCAUUAUCCAAUAUUUCAUAUUUGUAGAAAGCAGAAACUAGAAUGGUACAUUCAUUCUUUCUUGGACAUCACUCAUCACUUUCACUGCUAAAGCCUAAAUCUUCGUUUUCUAAAUGCAUGGCUACACCUACACAUUUGAGUUCUUGUUCUUCAACGACCUUCACAGCCUCUUCUUCAUUCAACAAUGACACACAUCAUCUAUCCAGUAGAUUCGUCAUUGUGCCAAGAAAACCUCAUUCCUUCACAUGGGUCUCUCACUCUCAGACCCGUCUCAGAAUUCAUUCCAAAACCCACUUUCACCUCAAAUCCUCAAAUGGGCAUCCACUAAAUACUGUUUCUUUGCAAGAUGGUUCAGCUGGAACUCCUCUGCCCAAAAAACAUGUGGAGAGUCGAGGGAAAGAGGGAUCUCUUCCCUUCCCUGAAUCUGACAAUGCAGAAUCUACUCUCACCAUAACUGUCGUUGGAGCUUCAGGAGACCUUGCCAAAAAGAAGAUAUUUCCAGCACUUUUUGCUCUUUAUUAUGAAGAUUUUCUGCCCAAGAAUUUUGUAGUGUUUGGCUAUGCUCGGACUAAAAUGACCGAUGAGGAAUUAAGGAACAUGAUUAGCAGAACCCUAACCUGCAGAAUUGAUAAGAGGGAAAAUUGCGAAGACAAAAUGGAUCAGUUCUUGAAAAGAUGCUUUUACCAUUCAGGACAGUAUAAUUCUGAGGAGCAUUUUGUAGAAUUAAACAAAAAGAUGAAAGAGAAAGAGGCUGGAAAAUUGUCAAAUAGGUUGUUUUACUUGUCUGUACCUCCAAACAUAUUUGUUGAUGUCGUGAGAUGUGCUAGCCUUAGAGCUUCUUCAGAAAAUGGGUGGAUGAGGGUCAUUGUUGAAAAGCCAUUUGGUCGUGACUCGGAGUCAUCUGGUGAACUAACAAGAUGCUUGAAGCAGUACCUUACUGAAGAUCAAAUAUUCAGGAUUGACCAUUACUUGGGGAAGGAGCUUGUUGAGAAUCUAUCAGUGCUUCGCUUCUCAAAUCUUGUUUUUGAGCCUCUAUGGUCUCGGAACUACAUCCGCAAUGUGCAACUGAUAUUUUCUGAAGAUUUUGGCACUGAAGGUCGAGGGGGAUAUUUUGAUAACUACAGAAUCAUACGAGAUAUAAUGCAAAAUCAUCUUCUGCAAAUACUAGCACUUUUUGCGAUGGAGACUCCUGUCAGCUUAGAUGCUGAGGAUAUCAGGAAUGAAAAGGUUAAGGUCCUAAGGUCAAUGAGACCACUGCAGCUUGAAGAUGUAGUUGUUGGUCAAUAUAAGGGCCACAGCAAGGGUGGGAAAUCAUAUCCUGCUUAUACAGAUGACCCCACAGUGCCAAAAGAUAGUCUUACUGCAACCUUUGCAGCUGCAGCUCUCUUUAUUAAUAAUGCCAGAUGGGAUGGGGUUCCUUUCCUGAUGAAAGCUGGCAAGGCUCUCCAUACUAAGCGAGCAGAAAUUCGAGUUCAGUUCAGACAUGUACCUGGUAACUUGUACAAGCGAAAUUUUGGAACUGACUUGGACAAGGCUACAAAUGAGCUUGUGCUUCGUGUGCAACCUGAUGAAGCCAUUUAUUUGAAGAUCAACAACAAAGUUCCUGGUCUUGGAAUGAGAUUAGAUCGCAGUGACUUAAAUUUGCUUUACCGUGCAAGGUAUCCCAGAGAAAUACCAGAUGCAUACGAGCGGCUACUUUUAGAUGCAAUAGAAGGGGAGCGAAGGUUGUUCAUUAGAAGUGAUGAGCUUGAUGCUGCUUGGACACUAUUCACACCAUUGUUAAAUGAGCUUGAAGAGAAGAAGAUAGUUCCAGAGCUCUACCCAUAUGGUAGUAGAGGACCAGUUGGAGCACAUUAUCUUGCUGCCAAUCACAAUGUUCGAUGGGGAGAUCUCAGUGGUGAGGAUUCAUGAGUAGCAAGAGUUCUCCAUUCUGAUUAUGUUGGAUGCUUACAAUGGACUCCUGUUUUUAUACAAGGUUUUGUUUUGUUUUGUUAUUAUUAUUAUUUUUAAGUGCAUGAUAUGCUGUGUUAGUAUGCAAUUUUUUUGUCACCCUGCAUAGCAAAGGGGUAGUAUAGAAUGAGUGCAGAGCAUUUGAUAUUGUGUAUGUAAAUUGACUGAAUAAUAUGUAAAGGACAGAUGAAAAUGGAGUAAACUCAGAUCAAUGAAUAAAUGGACAGUUGAUCUUUGGUUAAUAA